CUACUGUGUGAGGAGACUGGGAUGGGAUAUCCUUAUUUAGUCAGUGAGGUGGAAAGAGGGAGGCCCAGCUCAGAAAGCAGUGAGAUUUGGGAAAGGGCAGGAAAAGGGUGCCUCUUACGGUACCACUCUAAAGGGCUCUCAGUACAAGCAAAUUAUUUUGUCAAACAAAGUGUGACUAUGAUUUUUUGCUACCUUUAAAAACGUUCCUCUGUAGUGAAUGGCAGCAUCGAAGUGCACCGGGACAUUACACUGACUGCAUUUGUGACCUACUGGGCUUAAAAAGAUGACCCCUCAACAAAGCAUUGGCUCCCACUCCAAAGUAAACUGCAAUGAGUCAAGGACUCCAGAGAAGGAGAAGAAAAUGAGGACAUCACUUCAGCGAAGACAUUCUGGCCAAUCAGCCAUCACAAAGGCAUUCAGCAAACCAAAGGGCCACAGGAGGGAUGCCGUCCCAGUCCCAUCACCAAGAGAAGAGCUGAUCCAGAACCUAACGUCCCAGAGUGCAGAGUUUGUGAUGGAAGAGCACGUGCAGCUCAGCACUGGACUGCAGACCCAGGAGAGACACUUGUUCCUCUUCAGUGACACACUCAUCAUCGCUAAAUCAAAGUCUUCCACAAGCCGCAAACGGAAGGAGAGAGUGAGGCUGUGUGAGAUAUGGUUGGCUUCCUGCAUGGAAGAGGUUGCAGAGAGAGAACUGUGCUCAAAGAACUCCUUUGUCAUUGGCUGGCCUACCACCAAUUACGUGGUAACUCUCAGUUCAUCGGAGUCAAAAGAGAAGUGGCUUACCACUUUACAAUGGCACAUCACCAAAUCCAAGGAAGUGGAAUAUCUCAGUAAUCUCACCAUGAAGGUUGUUCUCGUGGACAUUGGAAAUAGUGCAAUGACGACUGUGAAUGUGGACAAUACAUGUGAUGUUGACAAAGUCAUCAGGAUCCUCACCCAACAAUUUAAACUCACUGGCAGACCCACUGACUACCGCCUCUGGGUAGUCUCAGGGAGAGAGGAAGCCCUAUAUCCUCUUAUCGGUCAUGAGCAUCCCUUCAGUAUUAUUCUGAACUCCUUGAGGGAAAUGGACCGCCAAGCCUUGACAGUCACCAACAACAUUCUGACUGUAGAUGGGAGCCUCUACCUUGAUCACCUUCUUAAAGACGCUUCCGGCCCUCGCUUCAUCCUUAGGCUAAAGGCUGAGGGGGGAGGACAUGGUCGAGCAGAUUCCUUUCAGAAACACAUAAAGAGAAAGAAGUCUCUGUUAGACUGGGCUCUGAGAAGAGGACAUGGCAGCCAAGGAGGUGGAUAUCCUGAAUCCCCCACAACUCCUCACAAGCUCUUUGGUCUUUCAUUGGCCUCCAUCUGUCAUCAUGGAAAUUUACCCAGACCCAUCAUGGACAUGCUGUAUCUGUUGUAUCAUGAGGGCCCCACCACCACAGGGAUCUUCCGGCGCUCAGCCAAUGCUAAGACAUGCCGGGAACUGAAGGAAAGACUGAACUCUGGCAACAGUGUUCAGCUGGAGGGGGAGUCUGUGUUUGUUGCUGCAUCAGUCAUCACUGACUUUCUGCGCAACAUCCCUGGCAGUGUGCUAAGUACUGGUCUGUAUGAGAAGUGGAUGGAGGUCAUGGCGGCUGAUGAUAUUGAAGACAAGAUUGAGUUGAUAAAAGGGCUAUUGAGCCAGCUUCCAGAGGAUAAUGUUACCUUGCUCCGCUACCUGUUCGCCCUUCUCUAUCACAUCCAGGAGAGCUCGCAGGAGAACCAGAUGAACGCUUUGAACCUGGCUCUCUGUAUCGCUCCCAACAUGCUGUGGCUGCCCGUGCCCAAAGGGCCAGAGGAGGAGAGUCAGUCCACUAAAAAGGUUGCAGCUCUCAUCCAACUACUCAUUGAAAACACCCUGGCCAUUUUUGGAAAAGAUGUUGAGUGCAUUUUUACUGAGACAAAUUGUGAACAAGGAACUGUAGACGAUGUCAUGGUGGAGUCUUACCAGCAGCUCUACUUGUCUGAUGAUUGGGACUGGGAGAAGCAAGGAGGACUUCACUCUCCUAACAGGGAACCUUUAUUCCUGUCUCCAGGGAAACUGGUCUUGAAAGAGGAGAAAGAGAUUUUGGGCCUUCUGAAUGAGGUUGACUCCUUGAAAAAGCAAUAUGUGAGUGAGGAAAGUGCUUAUAGCUGUGGAAAUCUAGACUUUAUGUCUUCACUGUCCAGUGGGUCUAUAUGCUCCCUGAUGGGGACCCAGAGUCUUCGCUCAGCCCGCUGCUCCUCAGAACCCAGUGUGUCUCUGGCUUCUCCCCAGUCAGGGUCCCAAAGCCAGAUCCACACUCCUGUUGCCCGUCAGUCCAGCUGCGAUGCGGCAGUGAUGUGUGGCUGUGCAGACCACUCCCAACACACACACAAACCCCACGCUAAGGGGCUACUAAAGGGGGACAGCAGCCCCAGGGUAGGUGGCAGCAGAUCUAGGUAUGCCUUCUGGAGGUCCCCUCAGGUAGCUUCUAGGUUCUGGCACCCUGCCCAGAGGCUGGCCAUGUCCAACAGGUCCAGUUUCUCCAGCCUGUCCUCCGCAGCCACCUCACCGUCUGCCUCCUCUCUGAGCUCCAUAGACAGUGCCUUUUCCUUCUGCUCUGACUCUGUGUCCUCUCCCAACGAGCCCAGCUCCCUACCCUUCCUGUUCGGCACGUCGGCACGGUUACGCCCCCUCACCCCAGACACCCCGAAGAAAUUCCCAAAAGACUGGAGCAUGACAUUCCCAGUGGCAGUGACUCAGGCACCUGAGGUUUUGGACUUGUAUAAUAAGUAUGAUGAGAGAGAAGAAGACAAGGAGCAUUACCGUUCUAAUAGCAUUCAGAAUAGAGAAGACUACCAGUUGCGUACGCAAAGCCUCUAUAGUUUAAAAGGUGAGAAUAGUCAAAGCCCUGUCCCUCAACCAGAUGACAGUGAGAAUUUUAUCUCUGAUUGGAGUGGGGAGCAGGUGCACCAGAGCCAGAAGGAUAAAGUGUUUGAGACAUCAGAGCCAAAAGGCCAGACCAAAGAAAUAUCCAUUACACACAUACAGCUGAGAAAAACAAACAACCAGGCUGUCAACAAAGAAGAGGUGAAGAGGACAAAAAUGACAUUUUACACCUCCUCUAACAGAAUGCUGGUGAAGAAACCGUCUGAUCAAUCUGUGGAAGAGUGUGGCAUCUCUCUGGUGUCUGACACAGGGAGAGAACAUAAGGAAAAUGAGGAACUUCUCGGUCAGAGUGUGCAGGUCCACAUACCCCAGACAGUGUUCUAUGGUCAAAACACUCCACUGGUCCUUCAGUCUGUGUCAAUCAGACAAUCUGUCAACAACAAGGAGAAAGGAGCAAAGACUAAAACAGAGAUUGACUGUGGUGAGGUGGUCCCUGAACAGUUGGGUGGUGGAUGCACCCCUCUCUCCCAGACAUCAUCUAAAACCAAUGCCAAAACGGCAAGCACAAUCAGCCACACUGUAAGAAUAAAACUGCCAGCAACUGUCAGAAACACUGUGAGAGAAUACUUCAGCUCAGGUGACAACAAGAAUGGCAACUCGGAUGCAAAAGCAAUUGAAAAAAAACUUGUAAGUAAACUCCAGUAGCAAAGUAAAAUGGCUGAACCAACAGAAAAUGCCACAAAGCUAUCACAUGGUGAGGAAUCAGUUGUCUGAUUGUACAAAUGCUCAUCACUUGGUGUUUUAUAGUGGGUUAUCAGAAUGUAGAUAAUCAAGGAUUACUUUACCUCCCUCUGUGUGUAAAUAUCUAUGUAUUUCUUGCUAAAUUCCAAAUUAAGAAUGGUGCAGAUUAAAUGCAGGAAUUAGGAUUAGUGAUGAAUGCAGAUAAAUGUAUGAUGCAUGUGUAAUGAAAGUUAAGCAAGGAAGUAAGACCGUGUCAGAUGGUAAAGACUCAAUGGGUUAGUACUUGCAGUUCAUUUUGUCAAACUAGUCAGCUUGAUAAGCAAUUUCAACAGUCUGUGCAAUGUCCUGUGGGUUGUUGCUUAGAGGAAAUGAAUGGUAUUUAUGCAAACCACUCAGACAGAGCACCUCCUCCAACUGAAUGGGGAUGCUUAAUGCUUUUGUAUAGCAAAUGGCUGAAGCUAUGAAUAAGGACCUGACAUCUUGCCUUCAAUGUCAUGUGUGUGUUUACUGGAGGGACUGUGACAUGUUCAAGAAGAUGAUAGGGAUAUUAUCCCUGUCAGGGAAAAAUAAAAAUGUGAGGCAAAUUAGGUAUAACAUGCACAAUUUGUUUACGAGCAAACACUUAUACAAAUAUCGUUCAGCUAACACACAAAAUAGCUGUAAAAAAUGUAAAUACAUGAGAUGGAAUAUUAUCCAAACUGAGUUCCAAAUACUGUCAAGCGAUUGCAUGGUGUUCACAUUUUCCUGAUUCUAACUUUUAUCGUUAAAGAAGAAUUACAACAUAAAUCGCAUUGAGUUUUUAAAAAAAAUUAAAAUGUUGUUUUUUAAAAGUUCAGUGCCAUUUUGCAUGUGUAGAAUGGAGCACCUUAUGUACACUGUGUGUGUAUAUUGUCAAGUCCUGACCUUAGUUAUCUUUGUUUUCUUUAUUAUUUUGGUUAGGUCAGGGUGUGACGAGGGUGGUUUGUUUAGUUUUUGUAUUGUCUAGGGUUUUUUGUAUGUUUAGUGGUUUUUGUAAGUCUAGGUGUUUAUAUGUCUAUGGUUGCCUAGAUUGGUUCUCAAUCAGAGGCAGCUGUUUAUCGUUGUCCCUGAUUGGGGACCAUAUUUAGGUAGCCAUAUUCCUUGGGUAUUUUGUGGGUUCUUAUUCUAUGUUUAGUUGCCUGUCUGUACUAGCCAUAUUAGCUUCACGGUUCGUUUAGUUGUUUUGUAUAGUUUGUUCAGUAUUCAUUCUUUGAUUAAAGAAGUAUGUACGCUUA